GUCACAUCUCAAAAAGCUGCAAAAACAUUUGAAAGUAAAUCACAAUAGUCCUUAAAAGACUGAUAAUAGAGGCCUUGCACACAAUGUUUUUCUCUUUCUUCCAGCAGUGCUGCCUAUAACCACUUUCAAGACAAUGUCUAAUUUCUGUGCUGUGGUAGAUAAAGUAUGUAAAACAUUGGAAAACAUGAAAUUACUGUUCCUCUGUGAUUUAUUUACAAAAUCCAAUAAUCAGACACCAAAUUAUUACAUUUAUGUUGAUAUAAAUCUCAUAUAUCAACACAUAGCAAUUGUUGUUUUGCACAGCGUUGUUUCUUCCAACAUGGAGAAUAAAGGGACAUUCUUAGCAUUCUGUGAAAGGUCUUCACUGUGUACAUACUGAAUUCAAUGAUACAUCUGUUAGUUGGUUCUCAACUUUUACAUUUGAGGCCUGUUUCAAAACCCCCCUGACCUGCUUCUCUGAACUAGCACUGAAAAAGUAAACUUCACUUAUUAUUCAUUGUCAGAACACAAAUUAUAUAAUUGCAAAAACUCUAUAAUACCAAUUAUACUUAUUAUAAAGGCAAUAAUGUAUUUUCUUUUAGAUCCACCUGUCUCAAACUAAUGCUCAAAGGCAAUAAUAUUCACUUUUGAAUCCCCUGUCUGCAUCAUAUACAUAUGACAUCAUUUUGCGAAACGUGUAAAAAAGUUAGCUUAUGUUAACUGUUUGCUAUUCUUUCCUCCUGGCAAGCUAGGGGCUCUAAACUUAGCUUAAUACAUACAGUCACAGAUGUAAUAAUUAAAGGCGUGGAAAGGCAGUCUUCUUUUGAUAUUAUUAGCUUACCUCUAAUCAUUUGUUGGUUUAUUAGACUUGUCACUCGUAAAGUCAAGUCUCCAGAGGCACUCGUGAGUGCGCACCUAAGUAAGUGUGUGUGUGUGUGCACCUUUAAAAUGCAUCCCAGGUGUGUUGUGGCUAUGCAGAAAUGGUUCUGCCUCUUAAAAAAAAAACCAACCCAUUAUUCUGCCCUAGAAAAAAUGCCCCAAAAAGGCAAUUAGAACUGGGGUGACCAAUAGGAUGGCCAGACUUCAGUACACAUUGGCCUCAGCCACUCUUUGCCACCCUUUAAAUCCGCACUUACUGACACUCAACUCUCAGCCUGCAUCAACUGAGCAGCCGCUUCUGUUCAAGAUGCUAGUUUAGCAUUAGCAUGAGCCGCAGACAGCUAAACUGGACAUCCGCCAAACAACAACUCUGUGGAGUUUUCACAACUUUAUGCUUCAGAGUUCAUCAACACAACACAGUCAGCAGAUGGAGGCACGCUGCGACUUUCUUCUUCCUUGGACGUCAGGGAGGUGUGUUUGUUUUACAGGCGGUCACCAAACGCACCUGUAACCUCACGGUAUUAACGAGUGAUGCCUUCCCGACAGGCUCCACUCCCUUCCUGUCAGGUUAUCCAGGCCCCUCCCCCUUGACCUCUGACCCUGCGUACAGAUCGGGCAAUCCCAGCAGUCUGCAGAUGGCGCAGCUCUGGGCUUCACACGCUCAUGAAGGCUACCCUCCUCUACCAAGCAGCCUGUACUCCAGCCCCUACCUGUCCCUGGGGCACCUGGACCCUCCCUCGCUCUCCCAGCAUCCUCUCUACGACUCUCAUAAAGACAGUUUUUACCUGCCGGCCUCUAUGAGCCAGUCACCUCUCCACCCCCCAUCCGCUCCCCCGACCGCCCCGUCCAGCUCCACGCCCCCCCAGAGGACGUCCCGGGACGGGGGCAGGGACAGGCCUUACCGGGGGGAGAGGGAGAGGGAGAGAGAGCGGGACAGAGAGCGGGAGCGGUUGAGAGAGGAGCAGCGGCCGCACAGCGUGGUGGACCUGACGCAGGACGGGAGGGGCGAGGAGGACCGGAGGGCGAGGAGUGGUGACCGGGAACGAGAGAAAGAGAGGGAGCGGGACACGGAAAGAGAAAGCUGGUCCUUCCAUCAUCAUCACCAUCACCACCACCACCACCAGCAGCAGAAGUCACACUCCCACUCCUCCACAGUGGAGCCCAGGUCCAGGCCGUCACCUACACAGUCCUUCCUCCCUCCAGGUGGGGGCGGAGGUGUGGGCAGGUUCCUCGGACCAGAAACAGACAGAGGGGGUCGGGAGGAAGAGGGCGGCUCUCGACCCCACCAUAACUCUAACGCUAACUCAAACAACUCAAACUCUCACUCAGACAGACAAAGGAGGAAUGACUCUGUGGCCACGUCAGCUGGGACGCUCCACGUCUCCUAUGUCCUUCCUCCUGCGCUUCAGCCCUCCAGCGCUGCUCCGCCCCAACCCCCCACACUCAGAGAGUCUAUCAGAGAGCAGCGAGUCAGCGCACCUACAUAUGUGCCUUCUGUAGAGGUUUACGACGAGCGGGCCGGGCCCAUACAGAUCGCCUCGCAGGCCCGCGACAACAAACACAGAGACAGAGAGCGUGAACGGGACAGAGAGCGUGAACGGGACAGAGAGCGUGAACGAGACAGAGAGCGCGAACGAGACAGAGAGCGCGAACGGGAGCGCGACAGAGACAGGGAACGGGAGAGAGACAGGGAGAGGGAGAGCUACAGGAGCCUGAUGGAACAUCCUCGGCUCUCCCAGUCUGGCGAUUCAAGCAAUCAAAGAGAGGAAGGUUCUGUAAUUUGUUCCAAUGGUUCCAUUGGUAAACGAGGUCAGGAUACAUCUUACUCAUCCAGUCAAUCACGGUUCAGUCCAGACGCCAGGGACAUGUCUAAACACUCAAUCCGAUUGGGCGUAGAGCGGCCUGGGGCGGAACCUAAGUGGAGCACCAUCAGCCCGUUGGCCAACUAUGCCACAAGUCACAUGGCUGCCCUCGCAGCACAACACGGACACACACUUUCCUCCCCCCACAGCCAGCCGACACACGCACAAAUGUCCCACUCCCCUCACACAGCCCACCGGCCCAACAACAACCCUCACUCCCACAGCCAUUCCCCCCAAACACACCCCUCCCAACACGGACACGGGCGUGCAGGUGAGGAGGGGAGUCAGAGACGCUAUCUGGACCCAUCGGCGCUUUACCGACCUGGGGGGUCACUGGUUGGAGGGUCCAGUGGCGGGGAGCGAGGCGGGGGGUCCAGCUCGGAUCCCACAGAGGUUUCAGCCAUGCAGAGUCUGAUCAAAUACAGCGGAAACUUUGCCGCUGAAGGUCCUGGGUCCUCCAGGCACGCCGCAGACACCCGAGGGCCCUUCGGGGGUCUGGGUAGCAUCAGAAUGGAUGCUGAAGCGGAGAGGGAGAGAGAAAAGGAAAGAGAGCGGGAGAGAGAAAGAGAGAGGGAGAGAGACAGGGAAAGGGUAGCGGUUGGGUCAGGUGGCUCCGGGGCGUUGAGGGUGCCCCCCCAGCUCAAGAGAGAACAGGAGCGGCCGGACAGCGCCCGCUCGUUUGGUCGGGAGGGGGAGGGCGAGGUGCGCCACCCUCCGGUUGGCAUCGCUGUAGCUGUGGCCAGACAGAGAGACAGCAGCAGCACCAGUAAACAGAGCAGUGGACCCUCAGACACACAGAGACCCCUGCUGCAAACUGCUAUUAAAGAUGAGGAGCGAGGGGAGGAUCGUGCUCGCCAUCAUGAAGACAGACUGCUGGCCGGCCGGCUCGAACGUGAGCAAGAGAAAGUGCUCAGAGAGUCCAAGGAGCUGGCAGAGUUUACCCAGAUGCACCCUGCCCCGCUCUCUAGUGGCCUGACACCCAGUAUGAUGACACCCAGCCUCAUGACCCCCAACCUUAUGGUGACAGGAGGGGCUGCCCUGGCAGGGGCGGGUCGCUGGCCUCCUGACCCCUCAACUCUGACCUCUCACCCCUGGAUGCCCCGGCCUGGAGCCCCCCCAGUCUGGCUCUCCAGCUCACCAUACAGCCUGGGUCCAUCCUCAAUGCACCAGACCCUCCCCCCAGGCUACCCACCCUCUCUGCCAGGUUCCAUACCCCCUCCCUACCAGUUUGCCAGGGACCCACAGUCUGGACAGCUAAUAGUCAUCCCUACUGAACACCUGCCUCACUACGGAGGCGACGUGCUGGAGCGCGGAGCCCCGGUGUGGUCGGGGGUGUACGGUACAGGCAGCCCGCUACAGCACGCAGCCCAGCUCCAGCUCCUCUCACAGCAACAGAUGCUCCGGCAACAGGAGCUGCUCAUGAUCCAGCAGCACACAGCGCAGGUCCUGGAGCUGCAGAGGAACGCACAGCUAGUAGAGCGUUUAAAGGCCAGCGAGCACCGGCCGGAGAUAGAAGACAAAGCAGACAAGCGGAACGCCGACCCCAAACCCCGCCCCUCCUCCAUAUCUUCCCCGUCUCCCUCGCCCGUCCUACAUCCCCGCAAGCCUCCCCCUCCCUCUCGCUCGCCGACCCCCUCUACGUCUUCCCUGACCCCGCUGCCUCCGCUCCCCUCGCCUGUGACUACCCUCAAGUCAGAGGAAGGGGCGCAGAGAGUGUUGUCUCACCCGCCGACACCCCUGCCUCACCCGCCUUCACCCCGCUCAGCCUCGCCGCCCCCGUCCUCGCCACGGCGGCCUAAACAGGAGGCGGCCGAGGAGGGGGAGGUGGGGAGGAGGGAGCAGAGAGAGGGACAGAAGCCGGCCUCUGCACCUUUUCAAGGCCUCUACUCUGAUCUCCCUCCAGGUUACCCUUACCAGUCCAUCACUGCCCCAUUCGGCUCACCUUUCCCCCCAUAUCACAUCCCAACGCCCACAGCAGCAAACACUGAAGUUGUCCCACCCCAUCGGUCCCGCUCUCCGGCCUCAGCCGCCCCUUUACCCUCAGCCCACCACCAUAUAAGGCUGUUGGACGCGGACAUCAAGCCACAGAAACUAGAGCCGUCAAAGGCGGGGCCUUUCCUCAAACAGGAACCAGGCGUGGAACAGCAUCAGCUAGACAUGACGCCAGAACCUUUGGGUCCUCUUCGUCGGAGCCGCAGCCCCGUCCGAGCCAGCCAGGACAGAGAAGGAGACGGGGAAGUCCUGAAACCUCAGCCACUACCUCUGCUCGUCCCCAGUCCUCCACCGCAACAAAGCAAGAGACUGGAAGAAGUCAGAGAGGAAGAGAAGGAAGGAGGGCAAAUCAAAGUGGAAGUGUCAUCUUACUCAUGUCAGGCAGCAUAUCCUCUGCCUCCUCCACUCGCAGGAGCCGAGCCUAAAGCAGAGGUCAUCAAGGAACCAGACCGAACACGCUAUCCAUCAUCCAUCGCUAUAGAUUCAGACAACCAGGAAUCAGCACAGAUGUGUGGGUCACUCGAGCAAACCACCAGCGCCGUGUGCGAACCACAACAGCCAGACACUCCAAUAAGCUCACACACUCCCAAUCAGAAAGAAACUGUCACUGAAACUCCCGUCUAUCCUCCCGCCUCCAACUCUCCGCUCCCACUGCUCAUUGGUCCUGAGGAUCCCAUGGCAGGGAUGCUUGCCCUACUGACAGCCAGUGAAAUGGCUCAGGCCAGCCCCCGCACCCCACCUGCCCCAACACUCAUACUGCAAACCGAAGAACCUCCUGUGGGCGCAGACUGCUGCAGCGCUGGUCCUUUGGAGAUGGUGGCGCUGGAGGGGAUGGCCCUGCUCAGCCAAAUGGCCCAGCGAGAGAUAGAGAGCAUCAGCCUGGAGCAAGAUUUGGCAUUAGAGGGUCUGGAUUGUCUCCUUGAAGCAAGCAGACAAAUUCUGUUAGAGGCCAUAGAGAAACAGUCCCACAUUGAUCUGCCCAGAACGCUGGACCCCAACAAGAAGUACAGCUGGAGGCAGAGGAAGGAGGAACCGCUGUACAGUAAAAUGUCUAUGGAUGUGUUGGACGCAGUGGAAGUGGAAUACCGUGUUCGCCUGGCUGAGCUGCAGAAGACAUAUAAGGAGAAGCAGAGAGAGAUGAGCAAGCUGCAGAGACGCAGAGACAAGCGUGAGCGGCAGCAGCAGGAGGACGAGAGGCGGAGUCUGACCCGACGGGGUAGAGGACGACCCAGGAAGAGGAAACACUUGGCUACACCUCCCAAACUGGACAGCAGGCCUGGAAAGGUGGGUAGGACGGUGCAAUACUCUGAGGAUUCUGAAGCCGGCGAAGGGCAGAGGAAGAGGUUUCGGGUGUCCAGAGAAGAAGAGGAGACAGAAGCAGGAAGUGGAGGAGUGAAGAUGAAAAAGAAGAAAAAGAAGAAGAAGAGCUGGAAUGACCAGGAGCCAUCCACCAGUCACGCUCUGGAGGUGUUGAAGACGAAGCGCGGCCAUAUGUGCGAGCAGGAGCAGCUGGCGUCGGACCUCGACAGAGCGCUUUCGCUCUCGCAGCUCGGCUCGCUCAGCGCGUCUCGCAAACUCGCCUCCAACUCAAAGGUAGACCGGCCGAAGGGCAAGUCCGUGGAGAGUCGGAUGAAGGAGCGAGGCGUCCACUCGUCCGCCAAAGGUGGGAAACACAAGAUGGCUGCCAAGGCUUCCGCUUCAGAGACCGUCCGGAAGGUGAAAGGUCAGAAGAAGACUGCUUUGUUCUCUCCCAUGAGAUCAGAGCUCAGCAGCUGCUCCAACAACUCCGAUUCAGAGGAGCACAAUUCUGCUCGAGGGGGCUGGCCCCCUCUCUCAGGGACGCGUUCCCACGGCAACCUGGCCAGGAAGAGGCGGUCCGCAUCAUCGCCAACAUCCCUGCUAUCCAGUCAGAAGUCUCAGAAGAAGAAACACAAGCACUUAUCCCUUCUGCUGGAGGAAGCGGGCCUCAGCUCCUCUGACGACUCAUUCGACCAAGAAACCUCUGAGGACGAGGAUGACGACGAAGACAACGAGGAGGAGUCAGAUUCGGACGACGGUGGCUGCGAGGAGAGCGGACUGGGUCUGCUGGCCAGGUUUGCGGCGAGCGCGCUCCCUGUCAGCUCUGCACCUUUGAGCCUCCUCCAUGAUGGCAAACACCGCAGCAGGCAAAGCACUCUGGGUUCGUCAGAGUGCGAGUGGUCAGACUCCGGCUCGGACUUGCGGCUGAGAAAGUUCCCCUCUCUUCUGCACGGCAAACGCUCUGCCCCAGAGCUGCCCCUGUUGCCCCCGGCAACCCGCCGCAUCGACCAGACCAGCCCCACCAAGCGAGAUGAAACGCUGCCAGUCAAACAAAAGCCUCUGGCCAAACCGCGCCCCUCGCCCCGGUCGCCGCGGAGAUUCAGCUUCGACCUUGCCAGCAGCUCCGGGUUCGGGGGCUUCAGCGAGGAUGAGGGCUGGAACCGACGACGCAGCGAGAGGAUAUUCCUCCACGACGCCACCACCUCAGCCAGUCAGAUGCCUGUGUCAACCUCUGCUUCCACCAGUCAGAGCUCCUCUUCCUCCAGCUCAGCCCCACCUCUCACCCCGAAGCCCACCUCCAGACCGAAACCCACUCCGCCCAGCAGAGAGGGGAAAGAUGUGGUGAAAAAAAAGAAGCUGAAGGACUCUCCUCUGCCUGUGAGCCCGUCCACUCUGUGCAGUCCAAUCACAGACAGCCCCGUGUCUCUGAGCCUCAGCCCGGCACGCAAGAGCCAACCAAAAGCCAAGACCAAGGCCAGAGAGCCUUCCAGGGGAGCAGUGAGCCGGCUGAUGGAGAGCAUGGCGGCAGAUGAAGACUUCGAGCCCAACCAGGACAGCAGCUUCAGUGAAGACGAGCUCCUCCCACCGCGCAGCAACAGCGUGUCAGAGAGAUCCUCGACACCCGCGCCAGUGCAGUGUGUGCUGGAUAAGGAUUCUCUGGUGGACGGACUCAGAGUUUUGAUCCCGAUGGACGACCAGCUGCUGUACGCAGGACAUGUGAACACUGUACACUCACCUGACAUAUACAGCGUGGUGGUGGAGGGCGAGAGGGGGAACCGACCACACAUCUACUGCUUGGAACAACUGCUGCAGGAGGCUAUCAUCGAUGUGAAGCCUCCAUCCGUGCGCUAUCUCCCAGAGGGCACCCGCAUCGCUGCCUACUGGAGCCAGCAGUACCGCUGCCUUUACCCUGGCACCGUUGUCAACGGAAGUUCGGAUGUCGACGAGAACGAUGAUCUCAUCACGGUGGAGUUUGACGAUGGCGACACAGGCCGCAUCCCCCUCUCCCACAUCAGACUGCUGCCGCCAGACUACAAGAUCCACUGCGCUGAGCCGUCCCCUGCACUGCUCGUAGCCAGCUGCUCCAGGAGGAGAGUCCGCAAAUGCAGCAAAGAGGGCAAAGAGGCAGGACCGAAGCCGGACGAAACUCCAAAGAUCAAAGGAAAACCUGGUCGCAAACCCAAACCCAAACCAGAGACCUCCACGAAUCCAGAUGGCCGAGACAAAGCUGAACCUCCAUCUUCUUCCACCCAGCCAGCAGAGAGACCACAGGCUACAACCAAGCCUGUCCAGGACAGGACCUCCUCUGUCCAGAAAGCAGCUCAAGAUAAGCCCCGGCCUGCAUCCCGGCCAACAAUGGGAACCCAGGCAAAACCAGGCCGCAAGAGCUCCACCACGUCCCCCGCAAGUAGCCCCACCCUCCCCAACCCAGUGCCCAGGAAGAGCAGCUCAGUCUCUCAGACUUCUACUGCGAAACCAGCCCGUACUCUCGCUCCUUCCCUCUACCCCUCCACCUAUGGAAAGGUCCUGACUGUGGAUCUGUACAGCGAGCCCAACCUCAGUUCAUACAACAGCCAGCGCAGAGAAAGAGAGAAUAACUGCAACGUAAGUCCCACCACCAACAGACCGAUGUCCAGGCCCAGUAUGGCAUCAUCUACUGCAUCAAAGCCCAGUGCUUCAUCUACACCUAGACCCUCUUCUGCUUCCACACCCAAAACCAAAUCCUCCUCGGAACAUCACAGCAGCUCCAGACCCAGCCUCAGCUCUGGACUCAUACCCAGCCCCAUCUCCAGGCUGUCAACAAGCAAAUCCAGCUCUUCGCUGACUCCCAGACCGUCAUCAUCAUCCUCACUGUCAUCAUCAUCUGCCCCCAGGCCUAAGCUGAAGAUGCCGUCCGACCAGCUGUCCUCCAGAUCCAGCUCCAGCUCCAUCUCCAGGCCCAAGCCCAGUUCGGGGCAGAGUGAUAUUGGCUCUGUGGUGCGACGGAAGCCCCCAUCCGCAGAGCCCCUCGUGAAGCUUGACCAUGAAGGCGUGACGUCUCCCAAGACCAAGAAGACCAAGGCUCUGAUGUUGCUGGAGGGUCGGGGAGUCCGACGAGAUCACACCCCCAUCGCCACAGCCACGGCCACAGCCAAUCAGAAACUGCUAAAAGCUAAGCUGAGAGCUCCAGACAGAGAGAGUGGUGUGCCAGAGAAAGACUCCAGCUACAAAGCAGCGAUGUCGGCUAAAGAGAAGGCAGAAAGUCGUGGAAGUGGUGGUAGAGGACAGGAGAUGGACACAAGAGAGGAGAAGGGUAAAAAAGAGGAGAGAAAGGAGGUGGAGAAGAGAGAGGAGAGAAAGAUGAAAGAGGAAUCUCAGAGUAGCAGCAGCUCAGAGUCGGAGGAAGAAGCGGAGAAAGGGAAGAUGAAGCAAAAGAAGAAAUGCACCUCCAGCUGCUCUUCCUCUUCUUCAUCCUGCUCCGGUUCUUCCUCAUCUUCUUCAUCGUCGUCGUCUUCAUCGUCCUCUUCCUCUACUGAUGACUCGUCCUGCAGCUCAGAUGAAGAGAGGACCCCUACUCCUCCACCAGGCCCCGUCUCCCCACCUCCAGCACAAGACAAGCCAAAAGAAGAGACGAAAGAAGAUGACGAUGAUGAGGAUGAAGAAGAAGAAGAAGAGGAGGUGAAGAAGGAGGUGGAGGUAAAAGUGGAGGAAGAAGAAGAGCCGUCUCCUCUCUCUCGAUCUCCCUCCCCCUCAACAUCUCCGACUCCUGCUGCUCCUGCUCCGGCUAAACCUGCUAAACCAGCCACCGGAAAAGGCUCCGGGCAAAGGGGCCGUCCUCCAAAACCGAAGCCCAGCGGAGGAGAGGGGAAGGUGGGGAGACCGAAGCGGAGAGAAGGGGUACACCUCCCCACAACCAAGGAGCUGGCCAAACGCCAGAGGCUUCCCAGUGUGGAGAACAGGCCCAAAAUUUCUGCUUUCCUCCCAGCCAGACAGCUCUGGAAGUGGUUUGGGAAACCCACUCAGAGACGUGGUAUGAAGGGCAAGGCUAAGAAGCUCUUCUAUAAAGCUAUUGUGCGUGGCCGAGAGAUGAUCCGCAUCGGUGACUGUGCUGUCUUCCUGUCCGCCGGGCGGCCAAACCUACCCUUUAUUGGCCGCAUCCAGAGCAUGUGGGAGUCCUGGGGCAGCAACAUGGUGGUCAGGGUCAACUGGUUCUAUCAUCCAGAGGAGACAAAUCCUGGCAAGAAACUCACUGACAAGAAGAACUGGGAUCAGAUGUGCGGUCAGUCUUUACCAGCAGCUCUGCACUCUUCUAUUCAGAGGAAAGACUUCAUGGAGCGCGCCCUGUACCAGUCGUCUCACAGCGACGAGAACGACGUGCAGACGGUCAGUCACAAGUGCCUGGUGGUGAGCGUGGAGGAGUACGAGCAGAUGACCCACACGCGCCGCUACGCCGACAGCGAAGAUCUCUACUACCUGGCCGGCACCUACGAACCCACCACCGGCAUGAUCUUCAACACCGACGGAGUCCCAGUCAUCUGCUGAACAAAACCAGAACCCCGGCUACGAGUCUCUGAAACCAAAUCGCGACACGACACAACAACUUCGGACCACGCUAGGACUCAAAACCCGACCCGUGGUCUCCCCAAGUCUAAUCACUGCUCUUCACUCAUGAUGGAUCUUUCACCGCCGUGACUCUAACAGCAUGAUACACUUCAAACAGACUGUCAUGAACAGCUACUACUACAGAGACAGGAGACACUACAGACAGUAUUAAAAGGAACCUGAACGUCUCCUGUAACAUUUGCACACACAGACUCCAUCAACAUAUACUGUUCUGCUUGUGUUCAUGGGAAAGAUUCAGAACACACAUGAGCACUUCAGUCUCCUUUUUUCCAUGGAAAUAUACCCUGCAUAAACACGUGUACACCCACACCUGCACAGACACAUGUAAUGUAAAUACUCACCCCCAUGUAAUACACACACACACACACACACACAGUUAUAUAGAGGAAAAUAUGAGUGUUUUAUUUUCAUGUAAUAGAUUUAUGUCAGAGUACUUUUUUCUAAAGAGGUAAACCGUCGAGAAGCUUUAAUGAACUGUGAAUGAUGAUACAGGAGAGACGCCGGUGUCUGUCCGUCAAACAGACGCACACACGCCAGGUGAUGUGAUGUUGUGAUUAUGAUGUUGCCGUGGUGAUGUUACAGUCAUGUUACAGUCAUAUAGAACAUGUUACAGACAUAUAAAUGUAUCUACAGAACAGCAGGAGCGACAGACGCAGAGAGAAAGAGAGAGAGAGAGAGAGGUAGAGACUCCUUCCAUUGCUGUCCAACAGAGAGCACUUAAAAAAAAACAAAAACACUUAAAGUCUAUACUCCUUUAAUUUAACCCCCUCAAUUCCCCUUGACAAUCCUAACCUCGGGCAGGCAGCCUGUCCGUGUGCUACUAAAACUUCUGACUCCCUCAGAGACUCAGGCUAAAGAGAGAGGAAGGAAUCUUGUACUAUUAAAAGCACUUCCCAUUUUCAUCUUUGAGUUCCUUCUCUUAAAGGAAAAAUCCACCCUAACAACACUUAAACACUAUGAUGUAAAAAAGAAGAUGCUGUUGAUGCAUCUUGCGUUUUGUUGUUUGUCUGUUUUGCUACAACUAUACAGGGAGAAAUAGAUCCUGGCAGAAGCCUCGAUACGAGAUACGUUGUCUGGAGGGUGUUGAGAGGUAUUCUGGGUAACGUAGGACAGUUUUUGUAAGAAGAAAUGAUAACAGAGUAAAGUCAACACUUUAUCACAAACUAACUCCUGGAAUGUACUGACAAACACAAGCUGAUGUAUUAACAGUGAGGGUGGAUUUUUCCUUUUUUUUAAAAAAAAAAGGUGUUUUCACGGUUGUAAACGCUGCAGUCAGUCCAAGACGCAUCAAGGUCAUGGCACUGAUGCACAGUAUGAAUCUGCCAGCACUGAUUAGAUCAGUAUCAUUCAAUUUUAACAGUCCUUUUCCACAGUUUGGCUGCAGUGUUUGCAACCUCUAUGUGUCCUGUGUUAGAUGUUUUUUUUUUUUUUUUUCUUUUGCUUCUGCUGUUUUAUGGAUGUUAUCCCCCCUUUGAUCACAUUUCUACCCUCCAAGCAAUCAGUUGUAUUUCUGACAUGAGUGCACUUUGAAUGAGCUCCGCUGCAGAGGAGACUCUGCGACUGGGAGGUCUUGUAUGUCUUCCUUAGAGUAUUUACUAAAAACCCCCUUCCUCCCACCGCUUUCGCUGCCUCUCCUCUGCAUGCCAGCGAUGCCCUUCGCCCCCUUUAGACACAGAUAUAAACGAACACAUGGACCACGUCCCUUUCACAUGUUCUGCUUUUCGGCUUUCUUUUAGCUGCUUAUGAAUAAUUUCUAUGUGCCUAGUUUGACCGUUUUUAGGGUGAGACUGUUGAAUGUUGUGCUCAGGGUUGUGAGCGUUUGGGCGGCCUUACUCUCCCAGGCCUUAUGAUGAUGAUUCGCCAAAUCUCUCUUAGGUCCCGCCCUCCUCCUACUCCCACCAUUAUAAAGGCGCCGAGGAGGAAUCUGAUUGGUAUUCUCCCCAGUCUGCUGACGUAGGGAAACACCUAUCUUCUUUGUGAUUUGUAGUUAAAACAAGCCCCCGUAUAUUGUGUAUAGUGCGUGUAUCAGAUAUAUCAGCAUCUAGAUGCAGUAUAUACUGUAUGUAGUAUACUGUAUAUACCUGUGAUUAUCAUGUUGAUUUUCUUGUAUGUUUCUUACCAUGUUGCCCUCUCUCUGCCUUGCUGCAGAGAUUGCAGAUUGUCUUGUUGAUAUUCAAUAGGUUUAAUAUUUUCUACUCUCUCGAGAUCUUUUGGUUUUGUCAGAUUUUUUUAUUAUUUCUACUCACUCUGAGGUGGCUGAGUGACAUCUGGAGGACAACCCGAGAUGUUAAUGUCACGUUUUCCCGAUAAAUGACAAAAAAAAAGCAUCAGUGUAGUAGUUAAGCUUGAUAAUGUGCUGCUAGUCUGUUAAUAUUGAAAGCCCGUUUAAAGAGGUUUGACCAGGUACAGAGUCACUAUGUGUACUGUUGUCUGAGAUUUUUUUUUUGUGUAGAUUUCAACCUGAAUGAAUCGAUCGAUCAAUUGAUGCCAGAGAAUUUUAUCUUUUAAAGCCCCCGCCUGCCCCUCAAGCUGCUGCUCUUAGGUCGGCUCCCUCGGGCUGACACCCGACAGACGAUCCCUCCCGUAAACUCACUUUCCUGCAGACAAAAGUUCAAAAGUUUUGACUGACAGCCAGACUGACAGCCAGCCAAAAUGGAUCCCCGGUGUAAUGGAUACACAGGUCGUACAGGUGUUUGCAGAGUGAACAAGUUAAAGUGCCCGUUAUGAAUGUUUGUUUACCCCUGGAGCUGCUAAAGCACUUUUUUUCUGUGUGUGUGUGUGUGUGUGAGAGCGUGUGUGUGUGUGUGUGUGAGUGUGAGAGAGAGACAGACUGAUAAGACAUCACACUCUUAUCCCUUGGUAUUACCACAUACACACACACACACACUCUUACACACCUUUGGUAACCCUUGAAGGUGUGUGUUAUUGCCUUCCAAUCUCUAUUUGCCCCCCUAUCUCCAUCCAAAGCCCAGCCUUAGGCCUUCUUACAGGGUCCAACACACACACACAUACACACACACACACACACACACACACACUUAUUCCCCGUUUUGCCUUCAUUUUCUUUUGGUGUCAUGUGUUUUAAGAACCUGGCUUUAUGUUCCUUUUAUCACCAUUUAUGUGUUUUUAAUUUUGUUUUUGCUGUGAUUUUUUUUUUUAAUAUACAUCUCUGUAUUUUUUUUUUUCUUUUGCAUGUUUCUGUCAUUUUUUUUUCCCCUUGCUUCCCCUCUCUGAACAAUCGUCCACGCCUCUUAAGCAAUACUGCUGAAAGGCACUGGGAGCUAGCUGCUAGAGAGAGAGAGAGGAAUGGGAGAGAGAGCAAAAGAGAGAAUGAGAGAGAGAGAGAGAGAGGUGGACUGGAGGCUGGUUCUUCGUCUGCUGUUCCUUCAGUAUCGUUAUCGUCCUGUUACAGACACACACACAAAAAAAAGAUUAUUUUGAAAAUAAAUAGAAAAAUCAUCUAAGUUUUGUAAAUGAUCCUUCACAGUCGAGGGGAGAAAAAGCUAUCAGAAUAUACUUUGUACACAUGUCUAAUCUUGUAAAAAAUGCAAAAGAAUACAUUUUAGAGAUAAAUCUGAAACCAGAUAUAUUCUGUCGCUCUAUACUGUAUGUGUAAGGUUUUUUUUUCUUUUUUUUUUUACAGACAGCAACCACGUUUAUCAGUGUUUCUUUCAAAUUGUUUUAGUAACUCAAUAUUUUAUAGUUAAUCAAUAAACAGAUGGAACUGUA